UAGCUGGCAGCAUGCAUCGUUUCUUUUGUGUGUUUCUGUACAUUGGUCUUCAUAGAAGAAAAGGCGCAAUGUUUGGACUUCAGAGAAAAAAACAAAUUGUCAAAAUAAGAAGUCUGAAUGAUACAAAAAAAUAUGGGGUGGCUGCAACAAGUCUGAAAGAGCUUCUCAAAAAGGGGAGUAAACUUCUACAGGUUCCACUCGUCGGUUCGCACAUUUCCUUGUAUGAAGAUGGAACAGAAUUGACAGAGGACUAUUUCCGAAGUCUUCCAGACAAUGCUGAACUUGUCCUUCUUGCCAUGGAUGAGAGGUGGAACGGAUUUGUCUGCGACAUAGGCCGGUUGCUGGACACCGACAGGAACUCAGAUCUUCUGAUUGAUGCGGCUAAGUGGCUUCUCUCAGACGAGAGGUCUCCAAAGAGACGCAGACUCCUGGGGGACCUGCUCCUGCACUUGAAGGACAGCUCUGAGACUGAAAACAGAGAAGACGAUGAAGACUGGUUCCAAGGAAUUGAUGACAGAUUUAAGACCAAAUCGGCCUACAUGAAGUACAACUGUGAGAGCAGGAUUCGUGGAUACAUGAAGGAGGUGCAUAGUUAUGCUCAAACCAUCCAAAAACCUAAACUCAAGGACGAAUACAAGAAGACUGCAGAGUGCUUAGUGAUGCAGCUGAAAUCUGACAAGUACAAUGGUUGCUACUUCAACAGGAAAGAAAAGGAACAAAAUCGACUAUGCACCCAGGAGGGAUGGUUCUCCUGUCAGGGUGCUUUUGACCAUGAUGAAUGCAAGUCCCUUCACUCAAUCAACCCCUAUGGAAACCGAGAGAGCAGGAUUCUCUUUAGCACCUGGAACUUGGACCACGGGAUUGAAAAGAAGAGGACAGUCAUUCCUACCCUGGUGGAAGCACUGCAGAAACACAAGAGCACCAACAUAAAUCUGGACUAUUUUUACAAACUGCUGUUUACUCGGGAGAAUCUGAAGCUGGUACAUAUUGUAUGCCAUAAGAAAGGUGCACAUGACUUGCUCUGUGACAAAAGGAAAAUUUACAAACAGGGCAAACGAAAAUGAUUCUCUAAAGUGAAGAUGCAGGGUAGGGUAUAUGUUUUUCUACUGUUUAUUCUUGAAUUUUUUAUUUCUUUAUUAACUAGCUAACGGAUAAAGUGCAAGACGCAUGAUAACUGGUAAAUAACUAAUUGUAAUUAUGGGCAGGGAACAUUGUUUUCUGCUACUAAUCAGAACAGCUUAUUUAUUGAUAAUUUUGUGAUAGUGAUUUUAAAGCACUUCAUCAUGAGCUAUUGUUUGGGUAAUAGUCAACGGACCAAUCGCAAAUCGUCCCGAGCCCUACACACAGGAGUACGUUCCGUUCAACAUUUGCUACGUCGCGUGUCAGUUUGUACUGAACGACACGUUUCCCCCAAUACAUCGCACACCAGUCUUCAACAGCCUUUGAGGUACAUUUGGUGGGUGUGGCCUGAUCAAUAUGGAUGUAACCAUUUCAAAUGGCAAAAUGUGUCGCACACACCGUACAGUCGCUCUCUGGGCCACCAUAAUGACACCGUUCAACUAUUCACUCAGAACAAAACUGCUUCCGUUGAAAUGAAAUGCUUAACAUUGUUCUGUACUACUGAAUGCACCCCUGGUGAUCUGAGAGGAUUUGAUUGGUAUAAGCAAAUGGUUAAACUUCCACCCAGCCUAUCAGAGGGCUAGGUGGAGCUAUUACCAUAUUGAUUACAUCUGUCAAAUCCUCUGCGCUCCACAAGUGCAUAGGGUGGGGGCGUAAAAAUAUUUAAGGUUUUACUAUUGUUGGAGUCAAGCAGAUUUGAUGAUUACAGAUGAUUUGAGCUCAGCUCUAUCGCCUGUAAGUGUAAUUAGAUAAUUAUGUGAUAAAGUUCUGCUUAGUUUCAAUAGCACAAUACAAAACAGCAGACAGGUAAUUGAAACUUAAUUUAAGUUUCCUUGUAUUGGCAGUGCAACUUUGACUACAAAUAUUGUGCAUACAUAAGGCAUUCAGUAACAAUAUUGUAAAAGAUACAAUAAAAAGAAAAAAAUCUGA